AUGGCAACCCCCGACCACAGCCGCUGGAAAGCCAUCGGUUGUCUCUUCUGCACGCACACCACUACCGGCCACCGCACCGCCACCCUUCAACGCAGACUCCACGCCCACCUUAGUGCCUUCAGCGUCCCCGCAGUCCCCUUCAACCACGACACCGGCUCCUUCUGGGAGCGCAACCGUCACCAGCCCGAUGUCCACCCUGUCGGGCAUCCGCAGUCACAGCCCGCCAGUGGUGUGCGCAGGGCGGGCGGGCGGCGGCGUUGGGGACACCACGAUGAGAUUAAGGCUUUUGUGGUGCGGCAGUUUGGAAAGGUGGCGGCGAUGGAGCUGUUGGAAGAGUUGCAUAUACUGAAACACUUGUGCAAAACACCCAUCCCCAGUGCAUGGUGGGAGGAGAAGGUGAUGCAGGCAGUGGCCUUGGUGACAACGAGUGUCAAGAGCCCCUCUCGCGGGGUCGAGGUUAUCUGCAUCAACGACUUCAUCAACGACACCCUUUACCAGGCCCAUAAGCUGUGGUACAACCAUCCCCGAUACUCCCAAUUCAAGACAAUGGGAUGCUUUGACUCCACCAAAUUCGAGGCGUUCCCUGGCACCAUAGGAGGAACCGAGAUAGACAUGACCAAAUACCCAUACGUCUACGGCUACAAGCCUCAGCCGCCAGCACCCUCAAAGAAAAACAUGACAUUCAUAAAAACCCCUGAGACCGUGACCACGGGACCGACGAGCGACAAUAUUUACAAGCCUAUGCCGUACAAAACGUGCUCUAGGAAAUACAUGCUCCCGGAGGUGGAAUAUGGUCUGGACAGAUACGAGGACGACGAAGAACCAAAAUACACUCCCCCAGAAUCUGUGGUCCCAAAUCCCCGACAGAUGCCGCAGUAUGUUCCGAAGCCUAUCCAGGCCCCCGUUGUAAAUAGGAAGCCGGAGAUGCCCACGGUCUUCAUAAUUAAGAAGAAGAGAAAAGUGCCGCCCACAAUGAAGACCGAACCCGGAAUCAAGGCGGAACAAGGGGAGCUAGGGGCCUCGACGCAGCCUGUCAUCAAGAAAGAAAAAAUUACCGGCGAGGGACACAUCAAGGAGGAGAACAGGAGGAUGGGUCCCGUGCAGCCGCUGGUGGUAAAUUCCGUACUGCCUCCGGUGGUGAGGGGGGCAGGACAUGAUGGUGCUUGUGAUGGGAAUAUCGGGAAGCCGAAGAGCGGGGGGGGUGUCUACUGGAAAGAGUCUUUUUAA